AUGAUUAUUGCGGACGAUACCCCCAGCUCACCUGCAAAGGCGCAACAGCCCCUCUCGGCUCAACGUGGUAGCGAAGGCAUGCCCCCACCCCCCGCAUAUUCUGGUCCGAGCACCAAUUUUGCUCGCGAUCCCCAGGGGUAUUUUCCUCGUCCAAGCGAGGCACUACUUCCUCCAGUUUCAUCUUCUACCGACGAGAUCGAACCCGCGGGGAGGAGGUUCUUCAAGGCUUUUGGCGUCGCUUUCUUGAUCUAUCUCCUCCUUGGGCUGUUCACGCGGAGCACAAUUGAGGUCGCCUACUGGGGUCGAGGAAGGUUGGCUCGCAUUGAUCUCAGUUUCCAGAUCAACCACGACGAAUUUGGGUGGCCGCUCCAUACUGAUGGCAAGGUCGUCCGCUGCGUCAAGGGUAUUUCGGAUUGGAAUCGGGUGCAGUUUGAAGAGUCGUCGACAGCAUCGUUCGAACUACCUCUCUCUGCGGAUGUCUUGUAUCUGUUCGCUCGAGGAUCGCUAUCUUCCGGAAGCGUCACGUAUGUGCAGGAUACAGACUGGGAAAAUAAUGGCACAGUCCGAGUUGAUGUAGCAGCCAAGUAUGGUACGAGAGCUGUACUGGAUAGAGUCAGUGUGUGCCAGCUGGAGAGGCAAGAGGGACACUCGGGCAUUGGCAUUCUGUCUCCGCUCAAUUGGCAUACAUCACCCUUCGAACGGUUUGUGUUUGACGUGACAGUAUACUUUCCCAUCUCGCCGCACAUAUCUCCGCUUCGCAUAGAAGCGUUUGAGACUAAGCUUCCUUCGUUCUCGCAGAGGGUGGGAGAUCUGCACGGAGAAGUGGUUUUCGGUACGCUCUCCCUGCAGUCCAGCAACUCGCACAUUAGUGCGGAGUCGGUGUAUGCGGACCGCGCGAUGAUACGUUCCUCCAAUAGUGCUAUCAAGGGGACAUUCCAUGCGUCAGAAUCUCUCUCUCUUGUGACAUCCAAUGCACAGAUCAUAGCAAACAUCACCCUUGGUCAUAACGGCGCCAACAGCGCUAGCACUCAAUUAACAAUGAGAACGUCUAAUGGUGCCAUCGAAUCGGACGUGAACCUUAUCUCAACAUCCCCGUCCUACACAGGGGGAUCGUUCAAUGUCUCCGCGCGAACAUCAAACAGCCACCUCACGCUGGAUUUUCCACAGUCCGCACUCGACGCACACCUCGAUGUUGACGCGAAAACGAGUAACGGACUCGCGACCGUGAGCCUGAACCGCGCGUUCGAGGGCCCGUUCGUGCUCCAGACGAGUAGUGCACGCCCCAUAGUACAGUUCAACCAGCACGUGGAGGACCCGACAGACCUACACCGCAAGAGAGCACUCUCGUACUCAGAGAACACAGGCUUUGUGAAAGGUGAGGUGACCUGGUCCCGGCCCGGGUAUCGCAAUGGUGGCGUGAAUGUGCGGACGUCGAAUGCCCCCAUCGUAUUCAACUUAUUGUAG